ACUGUUCCCACGCAGCUUUCUCUUUUUCCUCCCCCACAUGGCAGAUGUGAUUUUGCUGCAGCGCCGAAAGCCUUCAUUUUCUCGAUCGAGGUGGAGACACACGGUGACCAGCCUGUUCCUGAGGUUUCCUGAAAUAUCAAGGCAUAAAUCAAUUAUUGUUUACGGUUCCUGGGCUGUAAAAAUGGUCAGGGUCAAUAUAAUUAUAGCCGUGGCGAUUUUGCUUGUGGCAGCCGUCGCCACGUUUCUUGGCGUUUACUUCGGCGUGGGGAAGAGGAACUUGGGUCAGGCCGCGUACUGGAAGGCGGCCGUGGCGGCGGACGCUGGGCCAUGUUCGGACAUUGGCAGAGACAUUCUUUACAAAGGGGGAUCAGCAGUAGAUGCCUCUAUAGCUUCGUUGCUCUGUGUUGGACUCAUGAAUGCUCACAGUAUGGGCAUCGGUGGAGGACUCUUCUUCACCAUCUUUGAUGCAAAGACUGGUAAAGUUGAGAGCAUUGAUGCCAGGGAGACGGCGCCACGCAACGCUACAGAGUGCAUGUUUCGGAACAGUUCAGAUUUAUCCCAGAAUGGAGUGUUGUCAAUUGCGGUACCAGGGGAGAUUCGUGGUUAUCAGAUGGCAUACAAGCGACAUGGAAAAUUGCCUUGGAAAGACCUGUUCCAACCAAGCAUUGAACUCGCAGAAAAAGGUUUUCCUCUGGGCAAGGCACUCGCCUCUGCUCUGAUUAAACAAAGAAACACUAUCAUCAAGGACAAAGAUCUAUGUGAGGUGUUUUGUGGGGGAAAUGGUGACAUCCUGAGCGAAAAUGAAAUCAUCAAAUUCCCCAAACUUGCAGAAACAUAUCGGAAGAUCGCUGAAGACCCUAAUGUGUUUUAUGAGGGACAAAUGGCUCAGAAUCUUGUGACAGACAUCCAGGCAAAAGGCGGCAUCAUCACAAUAGAGGAUCUGAAGGAUUAUAAGCCUGUCUUGGAUGAGAAUCCUUUAAGGGUAGCUGUGGGGGAGUACAGCAUGGUCGUUCCAAACGCCCCAGCGAGCGGCCCAGUGCUCUCACUGCUAUUAAACAUCUUAAAAGGGUACAACUUUAGCCCAGAGAGUGUGGCAAGCACAGAGAACAAGAUCACGACGUACCAUCGCAUCGUGGAGGCCUUUCGCUUCGCUUAUGCAAAGAGGACUUUACUUGGAGAUCCUGCAUUCCUCAACAUUACAGGCCUUAUCCAGAAUUUGACUUCACCUACCUAUGCCAGUGAGCUCCAGAAAAAGAUUACAGAUGAAACCACACAUCCGAUGAGCUACUAUGAGCCAGAGUUUUAUCUGCCUGACAACCACGGCACCUCACAUUUAUCUGUAGUCGCAGAAGAUGGAAGUGCUGUGGCAGCGACCAGCACCAUCAACCAUUUUUUGGGCUCCAAGGUCAUGUCAGGAUCAACUGGAAUACUUCUUAAUAAUGAGAUGGAUGACUUCAGCUCCCCACACAUCACAAACGGCUUUGGAGUGCCUCCUUCACCCAACAACUUCAUUAGGCCAGGGAAAAGGCCAAUGUCAUCAAUGUGUCCAACCAUCAUCUUUGAUAAAAACAAGUCAGUCAAGAUGGUGGUCGGAGGCUCAGGAGGAACAAAAAUCACCACUUCUAUCGCUCAGGUGAUUCUAAAAGCACUGUUCUUUGACUACGAUGUGGAAAAAGCCGUGUCAGAGCCAAGGCUCCACAACCAGCUGAGUCCCAACACAACUGUCGCCGAGCAGGGCUUCGACAAAAGCGUCCUCGAUGGCCUGGCACAAAAAAAACACCACACCGAGUUUCUCAGCUCAUCGGGGGCUGUGGUGCAGGCGGUGGUGCGCUAUAAGGACGGACUCCGAGCUCAGUCAGACCACCGCAAGUUUGCAUACGCUGCAGGAUACUGACGUUGUAAAAAACACACACAUCUGAUUGUAACACAGAGAAAGUAGUCGCGUGAAUGUUGACUCCAGUGGCAGCCGAGAGAUUAGAGACGCCAUAAAGAGCCACCCAGUGACCACUGUCUGUUGUCUUGGGCAACAAUGAAGUUAGAAUACUGUCUUUGUACUAACGUGUAAGUCAGAUAACGGACCACUGGGUCCACUGUUUGGUCUCAGUCUUAAGUUGACUCUGAAUGUUGACUCUUAUCCUCUUAUUAAUGUAAUAAAGACACACACAAGACAUUAUUUUACCACUUUAGUGACAUUUAGGUUUAUUUAAGUUGAAAUUAGGAUAACUAAGGUACCUGUAAAUGUUGAAAUGAUUACUCUCUGUAGAAACGGUGUGUUUGGUUUUCACAGUCUCAGUCACGCCAUAAAUAUUUAUGAUUUCUACCUAUUUAUGAAACCCACUGUCAUGAGCUGCAUGAAAGGGGGGGAAAAAGAAAGGAUCUUUAUUGUCAUUACACAAAUGAAAUUGCACAACAAGGUCAGAUGGAGGGUUGAUCAGAGCCGUGAUGACUGAGUGCCUCCACAAUGGACAAAACUUGACCGGAAAGUUGUCUGUCGUUGCAAAACAUUGAAGAUACAUGUGACAUGUGAAGUAAUAACAUGCAGCUGCACUAUUAUAUGAAAGAAUACAAAUAAAAAUCAAUAAAAAACAGGAUCUCUUUUUAGAA